AUGACCACAUAUGAGAAAAUUGUCAAAGGUGCCACCAAACUCAAGGUGGCGGCGCCGAAAACAAAGUAUAUCGAGCCAAUUCUCAUGGCUACUUCACUCGCCCACGACGUGGCUUCGGAAAACUUCAACACCAUCAUGACCACCUUGGCACAGCGGCUCCAAGAUUCAUCUUGGCUGGUGGUGUAUAAACUGUUGAUUGUUAUUCAUAUUAUGAUCCGUGAGGGCGACCGUAAUGUGACAUUGGACUAUUUGAGCACACGGGCGCCGCAGAUGCUCAAUUUGUCUCAUGCUCCAAUCACCAAGCAUAGUGGCAUGAACGGCGAUGUGCGCUAUGUUCUCAAGUAUGGACGCUACUUGUACACUCGUGUUAAGCACUAUAGUGACACUCAUAUAGAUUAUGUUCGUGACGAACGAGUCAACAAUUCCACGGACCAACAAGGCGGAAGAUUGCGGACAUUACCUGUUGAGAAAGGUUUACUACGUGAAUGUGAAAGUGUGCAGAAACAGAUCGAUGCCUUGUUGAAAAAUAGUUUUAUGGAAGGUGAGAUCAAGAAUGAUAUCAUGUUGACUGCUUUCCGUCUCUUGGUGAACGAUCUUUUGGCAUUUUUUCAAGAGUUGAAUGAGGGUGUGAUCAAUAUCCUUGAACAUUAUUUUGAGAUGUUCCACAACGAUGCAGAGCGGGCAUUGGACGUGUACAAGAAGUUUGUGGACCAAACAAAGUACGUGAUUGACUACUUGCGUGUGGCUAAGCACCUUGAAUAUGCUACAAAGUUGCAUGUUCCGACAAUUAAGCAUGCUCCUACCGCUUUGACUUCAUCUUUGGAAGAGUAUCUCAACGACCCAAACUUCGAGAGCAACCGUCGUGCUUAUUUGCAGAACAAGUCACCACCUUUCCAAGUGAAACAGGAACAGUCAAAACUGGAACAGAAUCAACAGCAGCCUCAACAACUCCAACAACAACUGUUGCAACAGCAGCAGCUCCAACAACAGCAGCAACAACAAAUUCAACAGCAGCAGAUUCAACAACAACAGCUUCAACAGCAGCAACUUCAGCAACAGCAGCUUCAGCAACAGCAGCUUCAGCAACAACAGCUUCAGCAACAACAGCUUCAACAACAGCAGUUGCAAAACCAAUAUCAACAAUCACAAGCUACUGGACUCCAACGUCAAGGUUCUCUACUUGUGCAGCAGUCCACGUAUAAUCCUUGGAGUUCAGCCGUCCCGACCGGUUUUGGAUUCGGUCAGAGCGCAGCUCAUAAUCCAUUUUCACAACAAGGAUACCAACCUAACCAGACAGGUUUCCAACCUCAGUUUACCGGCUUUCCGUCCCCGGCUCAACAGCUUCCUCAACAGGCUACAGGCUUUCAGGGAAUGCAGAACCAAGGAUUUCAAAAUGGCCCAAAUAGCGCUCCUAGUAACGCGAGUACACAAAAUACUUUCGGAAACAGCGUUCAAAGUUUUCCUUCGCAAAGCCAGAAUACUGGAGUUAAUAACCCUUCAUUGCAAAAAGCGGAUACCAAUCCUUUCUCUGGAUUGACUUCCUCUGUCACAGUUAACCCAACAAAUCCUUUUGGAAACACCCGAUUUGCCAACAGUCACACGACAGCAUUAUCUUUUGACAAGGAUGCUCCAAGCAAAGUAUCUGUUACAGCUACAGGCAGUAAUCCAUUCCAAGUUUCUCAAACUACAACUAAUGUAUUUAAUAAUGCGGCAGCUCAACAACAGCAACAACAGCAGCAACAGCCCGUUUUGAAACCCCAACCCACUGCUGGGGGCUUGGAAAGAUUGCCCACUAUCCCCGUUUUUCCUCAGACCCAACAGGAACAGGCCAGGAACGGCUUUCUUGAGAAUGCUUGGAUGAACUUGCAUAACCAGACCACGAGUCAACAGCAACAGCAGCAAUUGCAACAGCAGCAGCAGCAGCAGCAAUUUCAGCAGUAUCCUCAGCAGUAUCCCCAGCAGUACCAGCAUGUCUACAAUGGCCCUAGUUUGAUAUGA